AUGACAGUGAAGAUGUCAAGGUCUCGUGUUCAAAUUAAAACGCUCCCCAUUUACCGUGAGAGUGAGGAGGUUCAAGGUGUAAGAGUUCUGCACCGCGUUUUUUGGAGCUUCUAUCCGUGUAUUGUAGCAUUCAAACAUUGCAAGCCACUGGUGCAGGUUGAUGGUACGCAUCUGUACGGAAAAUAUAAAGGAGCACUUCUGGUAGCGGUUGCACAAGAUGGGAAACAAAACAUUGUGCAUAUUGCAUUUGCGAUUGUCGAGGGCGAGACAACAGACGCGUGGGAGUUUUUCCUAACUAAUUUGUGGAGAUAUGUUGUUACUAUUAAUGGUGUGGGUAUUAUUUCUGACCGCCAUACCUCCAUCGACGCUGCAAUAGCUCGCAGUAACAGUGCAUGGUCACCACCAAGGACGUGGCACAUGUAUUGCAUCAGGCACAUCGGGUCCAACUUCUUAAGGAAGUUCAAGACUCCAUAUUUGCAUAAACUUGUGGUGAAUACAGGAUAUUAUAGGGCGGAGCAGGAGUACAACAAAAACUACCAACGGCUUAAAGAGCGGGGUGAGGCAUAUACUCAAUGGUGCGAUGAGAUCGGUGUUGAGAGAUGGGUGUUGGCAUUCGAUGGUGGUCAUCGUUGGGGACAUAUAACGACAAACUUGGUAGAGUGCAUAAAUUCUGUCUUGAAAGGUGCACGCAACCUUCCUGUAACUGCCCUUGUCCGGUCAACUUUUUAUCGACUGAAUGAGUUGUUCACUCGAAAGAGUACCGAGGCUCAUGAGCGUCGCCGCAACGGAUUCACGUAUUCAGAAUUUGCAACGAAAAGAGUUGAGGAAAGCUUCCGAUGUGCAAGAAACAUUGUGGUCAACCGGUUCGACAGACGCAACGAGAUGUUUGAGGUUCGCGAAAUGCAAGAUGGUACCAUUUACACUGUUAACCUUACGCAACGACACUGCGACUGUGGCCAUUUCCAGGUCGAGCGACUUCCAUGUCGCCACGUGCUUGCAUGUUGCGCCAACCAACGUCUUGAUUGGCAAGUGUACGUGCACGAUGUGUAUAAGAUGUCUGAAAUUUGCAAGGUGUAUAGAGGCAAGUUCGUUCCGAUGGGUGACCCCUCCACGUGGGAUAGAUACGAAGGAGCGAAAGUGAUCGCCAACUGGACAUUGAGGCAUGCGACGAAAGGAAGACCGAAGUCAACCCGCUACUUGAAUGAGAUGGAUUCGUGUGAUAUGCGUGGUCCUCGUCGGUGCACUACAUGUGGACGCGAGGGACAUAGCCGCAGUCGAUAUCCUCAGCGCGCAGGUCCAAGCUCCGCUAGAGGUCAUUAG